CGGGACACCAGCGUGCUCCUCCGCCUAUCAGUGCCCCUUUGAGCACCCGUGGGACAGACGGGGUGGUCAGCCCCUUAGGCCUAAACCCGCGGCCCGGCCGAGAGGCGGGAAUAGGCUACCCUCCCUGCGCGCUGAACCGCGGCUCGCCAGCGCCACCCCCAGAGGAGCGCAGCUGCUGCAGCUCGACCCCGCGUCUUCCUGUGGCUCCCCUGCUACCCCUUCGACACUGCGGGCUGUGCACAGGAAGCUGCCAAACCCUGACUUCGGAGGAGCUGCCCAGGGGUCCUAGCCCGCCGUCUGCAGAUGCCAGAGGUCAGAUUUGGCGCGUUUCCAGGCAGUCCAAGGGGACCUGAGCCCUGGCCUCGAGGAGGCGCUAUUCAGACUACUUGAGGGCCAGAAGACAACAGAGACGCCCAGGGAUCAAGUCCCUGGCAAACUUGAAGAGCCGGAAUCUAGCGAAAGUCCUGGGGAAACUGAGGCAGGAAGCCAGAUCCCCAAGGACAAAGACAGGUGGGCUGGUGAGAAACAGCCGACGAGGCCCAGCGCUGCCCCAACGAGCGCGGGGCCUGUGAUGCCAAAAAACUUUCCUGCAGCGGAGGGGUUGGGGAGCCGGGCUGGACGCUUCUCCUCCGAGCCUCUGCUCUCUCCACCUGCCAGUGUUCAACCUCCGCCCAACCUUCGCCCACCCAGAUCCCUCCCCUCCCCCCGCACGCCUCUGUUCACUUAGAUUCCUCAUCUCUCUCCUCUUCCCUCCUCCUCCCUCUUGCCUUUCUCCCCCACUUUCCUCCUCUUUCUUCUCCUGUCUCUUCUGUUGUAUUCUCUCCUCUCUCACCGCCCAGUUUGCUUCUUUCCUCCUCCGGGCCGCAGGGGAGGAGGUAAGCGCCUUGCGCCCGGGGCCUGCGCUGCGCAGAGGAAGGCGUUUCUCUUACUUCUCCCGGGUAAUUUGGAGAGAUUGUAUGCGCGCGCGCACGCGUGGUUUUCAGGCAAAAAGUGGUAAGAUCCAGCGCCAAACAGAGAGGGUCAGGGUCUUUGACGUUCCUCGCCAGCUGCACAAACCUCCGGGAACAAGUGUGAGAGUGCGCGCGCGGGCACGGGCUGGCUGCGCUUGGCACGCCUGGUGGCCCGGGGCCCCAGGGCCCGGGGGCCCUCCUGGCAGCCCGGGAUUACCGUGACGUCACAUUGAACCUCUUGCUUCCGUGGAUUGGGACACCUCGGGAGCCGCACAGCUACGCUCCGCGCCUCACCUUGCCUCGCCACCGCGCGCCUUUGGGAACCCGCAUCCUCUCCCUUUCCCUGGCCAUCCAUGGGCCCUUCUGUCUUCCGCACCACGCGGGCGGGAGGGGCGCCUUCUGGAGCGCAGAGCUCGGCAGCCCGGCUGCCCUCCGCUCUGCCUCCAGUCGCGCCAAGCGGUCGGAGGACCUGGCUCUGGGCACCCGCAGCGGUGUAAGGAACCCAGGCGGCGCACGGCUGCAGGCGCGGAACCGCUGGGCUGAGGCCGGAACUCGCAAGAGAAGAGGCAGGCUGGCUAGGGACAGCCACCAUGUCGUUCCCGCACUUUGGACACCCUUACGGCAGCGCUUCCCAGUUUCUGGUGUCUGCAAGUUCCAGCGCCACUUGCUGCGAAUCCGCCCCGCGCUCGGUCCCAGAUGUGACCUCAAGCGCCACCCCAGCGGCAGCUCUCUGCUGCGCACCCUAUGACGGUCGGCUACUGGGCAGUGCGCGGCCCGAGCUGGGCGCGGCCUUGGGCAUCUAUGGAGCCCCCUACGCGGCCGCUGCAGCUGCCCAGAGCUACCCCGGCUACCUGCCCUACAGCCCUGAGCCUCCUGCACUGUACGGGGCGCUGAAUCCACAGUAUGACUUUAAAGAGGCUGCAGGAAACUUUACACCAGGCCUGGCACAACCCGGAGCCUAUUAUCCUUAUGAGCCCACCCUGGGGCAGUACCAGUAUGACCGGUACGGAGCAGUGGAGUUCAGCGGCACUGGGCGCCGGAAGAACGCCACCCGGGAGACCACUAGCACGCUCAAGGCCUGGCUCAACGAGCACCGCAAGAACCCCUACCCCACCAAGGGCGAGAAGAUCAUGCUGGCCAUCAUCACCAAGAUGACCCUCACCCAGGUGUCCACCUGGUUCGCCAACGCGCGCCGGCGCCUCAAGAAGGAGAACAAGAUGACGUGGGCGCCCAAGAACAAAGGCGGGGAGGAGCGGAAGAUGGAGGGUGGAGCAGAGGAAUCGCUGGGCUGUCUAAACGGUGACACAAAAGAUGUUACUACUUGUCAGGAGGUUCGGGGGCUUCGGCUGAGUGACCUCGAGGACCUGGAGGAUGAGGAGGAAGAGGAGGCAGAGGAAGAGGAGGCAGUGGCCACAGCUACGGACAGGCUGGCUGAGAUCCAUAAGGACAUGCAGUCACUGCGGGAGCCUUGCGCUGCAGCUCCAGAGGGCCAGCUGGAACACAGGGAGUACAGCUUGGUGGCACCCUGCUUCUCAUUCAAUGAGCCCCCAGGGUCAGAAGAAACUGACUUCCUCCAAGCCAAGCCAGGGAGCCCCACGUUGACCAUGCACUACCCAGGCAGCGAGAAACCCCGCAUCUGGUCCCUGGCCCACACCGCAGCAGCUAGAGCUGUCCAAGGCACAGCUCCAGCUCCCUCCAGACCACGAAGUUCUGAGUGCCAUCUGAUUCCCAGACAGCCUCCAGGCUCAGGCCAGCGAUCCACGGUUCCCAGAGACUCCACAUGUGAAGAGUCUUCCUGUAUAGCCAAAGCCUUUGGAAACUCUGCAUUUGCCCUGCAGGGACUGCCGCUGAACUGUGCCCCCUGCCCACGGCGGAGGGAGCCUGCAGUGCAGUGCCAGUACCCGUCUGGAGCAGAAGCAGGUUAGCGCAAUGGCUGCGAUUUGCGGAAGAAUCUUGGAAAUAAGCCCCCUCUUUCCAACUUACCUCCACGCUAUGAAACUGGGAGACCUUGCCAGGGACCGGGACUCUCACUUCUCCUAAAAGACAGACAGACACACAGAACCCCUCCUACCGGGCCCACUCCCGAGUGGCUGGCAGACAUACAUCUUGUCAGAUCCUGCGGAGUUGGUGGCCACCGCACACCUUGGGGAAGGACAAGUGGGAAAGCUGGGCGAGUCUGCUCGUGCACUGACUCAGGUUACCAAGUCUUUCUCCCUCCUCUUGAUUCAGGGUCUGAAGCUGCUCCUUCCCCACUCACCCUCAUUUUGCAACUCCACGCUGACCACGUGCGUCGUCUCCCUCUCCCCACUCCUUGUGUCCUUUAAAAAUAAUUAA